GCCCAGCGUUUUGGUCCCGACCUCAGUCCGAUUGAGUCGCAGCAGUCGGAGGAGGGAUCAUCUUUCUUUUCCAAACUUCAGAAAAACAUUAGCCACCGACAUCGCGCUCUGUCACGUUUCUGUUUACAUCAAGCCGCAAAAAACAGAUUGGAUUCCCAGCAGACCUUCAUCCCGCUCCUGUAGGUGUCUAGACGGAAAGCCGUUUUAUUAGAAUGUUGGUGGUGCUAGCGUUCAUCCUCCUUUUCCAUAUAGUCUCGGCUAUCCUGCUCUUCAUCUCCACAAUAGAUAAUGCCUGGUGGGUAACUGGAAAUGUCUACACUGAUAUCUGGCAAUUCUGUAAUAGCACAAAUUAUUGUAUUUCAUACAGAGACUCAUAUGGGGGUUAUAUUGAAGCAAUCCAAGCAACGAUGAUCCUCGCCACCAUCCUCUGCUGUGUUGCUUUCUUUGUCUUCAUUCUUCACCUUUUCCGAUUGAAGCUAGGUGAACGAUUUGUGUUCAGCGCCAUCAUUCAGCUCUUGUCGUCUCUCUGUGUGAUGAUUGCAGCGUCCAUCUAUACCGCCCAGUACACCACAUUCCACAGCGGCUUCAAUGAACAAGGAACCUUUGGCUAUUCCUUCAUUUUGGCUUGGAUCGCAUUCCCUUUCACCCUGAUCAGUGGGAUAAUGUAUCUAGUGUUGAGAAAACGCAAAUAAGAAAGGAGAUAAGAAUACGACGCAAAUAAGAAUACAACUGGAGACCAAAGUGAAAUAUAUAUAUAUAUAUAUAUAUUGUAUAUAUUUUCCAGCACUCUGAAACUACAUUGACCAAUACUAUUAAGAAAGUAUGUUAACAAGUGCAUACUGAAAAAAGUUCAUAUGGUAUAUAUUUAACUUUUUUUUUUAACUAAUACAUAUAAUGGAAACCAUUUUAUUGGAGAGAAAAAAGACACAACUGGUAAAAUAAAUGUACUUGUUAGCAUUGUAAAAGUGAGUGAGUAAUUGGUUAAUGAAAACUAUUAAUAUAAUAGAAAGGGAAAUAACAGUACAUUCUCCAUAUGGCUUUAUACACUAAUAACAAAUGUAUCCCAAAAGACUGAAUUGGCUCACCCUUCUACAGUCUCUUGAGAAAUUUUCAGACCCCUUCGCUUUGUACACAUUUCCUUAUAUUUAUUCAUUUAAAUUCACGUUUUCUGUCAUCAAACAAAACUCAAUACCCCAGG